AUGUGUGGGAUAUUUUUCUCAUUGAGCUCAUCAGGCGCAGCUCCAACUUCGGAGACUUGUGACCUACUUCAAAAGCGAGGUCCGGAUUGUUACACAACACAUACGGUGCAGAAAGAUAUCAAGGCCCAAGAUGGAGGGUCCUUGAGCUGCAAUCUCACCUUCGCAUCUACCGUGCUGUCGCUGAGAGGCGACCAUGUGUAUGAACAGCCACUUGUAGACCCAGAAACUCAGUCUGUGCUCUGCUGGAACGGAGAGGCCUGGAAGAUCCAGGGAGAGCGCGUCCAAGGCAAUGAUACCGAGCGCGUCUUCGACUUAUUUUUGCAGGCAGUGAAAGACGAUCCCGUCGACGGAUUGGCGAAAGCAGUUUCAAGCAUCUCCGGACCAUUUGCCUUCGUCUUCUAUGAUGCUGUCAACUCAAGGCUUUUCUAUAGUAGAGAUUGCCUUGGCAGACGAUCUCUGCUACAGGGGUAUGACCACGAUGGGAGUUUGAAAUUAUGCAGCAUCUGUGAUAGUGCAUCGGUGGAUUGCUUCAGAGAAGUGGGCACUGACGGCGUUCAUAUGAUUGAUCUAGAUCAAACCCUGACCCUGCAAUCAUGCCAAACCAAGACUAUGCAAUGGGGCUCUGCUCAUCUUAACCAACCAAUCCCACCCAUGAACAAAUCAUCACCAGAGCACCCACCAGCCUUGACAACAGACUCCCCAUUCGUCAAACAGCUCGAAUCCCAACUGCGCCAGUCACUGGAACUACGUAUCCAAAACAUCCCAGAACCGCCAUCCUACAUCGCAGGCCAAAGUGCAAAGACCGCCGUGCUAUUCUCCGGCGGAUUAGACUGCACUCUCCUAGCCAGACUCUCACACGAGAUCCUCCCAACAAACGAACCAAUCGACCUCCUCAACGUCGCCUUCGAAAACCCUCGCGUCGCAGCAGCCGCCAAACUCAACAAAAACGCACCUCCAUCCCCCCUCUCAAUCUACGAAAACUGUCCAGACCGUAUAACAGGCCGCUCAGCCCACGCCGAGCUCACAAAGACAUGUCCAGGUCGCACAUGGCGCUUCGUCGCCAUCGACAUCCCCUAUUCAGAAUGUCUAGCCCACAGAGAUCAAGUCAAGCGUCUCAUGAGACCCCACAAUACCGAAAUGGACAUGUCGAUCGCAUGCGCCCUAUAUUUCGCAUCUCGCGCGAAAGGCACGGCCACUACAGAUGCGCAAGCGCAUCAGACUGUAGAUGGCGAGUACACGAGCACCUCGCGCGUUCUCCUCUCUGGUCUCGGCGCGGAUGAGCUCUUCGCGGGCUACGGCCGACACGGCGUGGCUUUCAAUCGUGGAGGUUUCGAGUCUUUGAUUGCAGAGAUCGAUCUCGACGUUAGUCGGUUGGGAUCGCGGAAUCUAGGACGGGAUGAUCGGGUUCUCUCGCACUGGGGGCGGGAGACGCGAUUCCCGUUCCUGGACGAGGAGUUCGUGGCUUGGGUUGUGCGGGCGCCGGUCUGGGAGAAAUGUGGGUUCGGACUGCCAGAGUGUGAAGCCACGGCUGGAAUUGAUAGUGAGAAGCUGGCUUUGCGGCUUGUUGCUAUUCGACUGGGGAUGGAACGUGUUGCGCGGGAGAAGAAGAGGGCGAUUCAGUUUGGGGCGAGGACGGCGAAGAUGGAGACGGGGAAGUCGAAAGGCACAGACGCAUUGACUUGA